UAUCACUUGCACUACCACAGCCCUACCCUGCAUUUGACCGUACACCACAACUGCAUACACCGAAAUUAUCGUCACCAUGUCCGGUCUCGAAAAUGCCCUUUUCAACCUCAAGUUUACAGCCAAGUCGCUGAACCGCCAGUCACUCAAGGCAGGGAAGGAGGAGCAGCAGGAAAAGGCAAAGCUGGAGAAGGCUAUGAAGCAAGGCCACAACGAUAUCGCCCGUAUCUACGCCCAGAAUGCCGUCCGCAAGCAGAACGAGAAGCUCAACCUCCUACAACUAGCCUCACGGGUCGACGCCGUCGCCGGUCGUGUCCAGACUGCUGUCACUAUGCGACAAAUUACCGGCAACAUGAUGAAGGUCAACCGCAGCUUGGAUGUUGCUAUGAAAUCGAUGAGCCCUGAGAGGAUUGCCGCCGUCAUGGUCGACUUCGAGAAGCAGUUCGAGAACGUCGACUCCGCAACCGAGCUCUACCAGGACGUUACCUCAUCAGCAACCGCCGUUGGCACACCACAAGAAGACGUCGACCGCAUGAUGGCACAAGCUGCAGACAAGGCCGGCGUCGAAUUGCAGUCUGAUCUCCAGGAGGCACCGAAGACAAAGGUUGGCCCCACAGAGCAAGAGGAGGAUGCGUUCACCGAGCGACUACGCGCCUUGAGAAAUUAGGGGAGGCGAUCUCCUUUCUUUGUGUACUGGCGCACUCUGGAGUUUGGGAGCGGGAGCGGGAGCGGGAUAUUGCAAAUGCAAUUGCUAUGAAUCUUGACAUUUGAGGUCUCACGACGAUGGUAUUUCUAUGUCACAAUAUCGAAACUUUUGGAACCGCAAUAUUGAUCAGUCG